GAGGAGGGGAAAAUCGGCAACGUGGAGGAGGUGGUCAGGCGGUCAUCGACGAGAAGGAGCAGCUUCGCUCCGGCUCCUUCGUGAGCAAACAUGAGACGGUGGACGCUCGUUGCGGCGAUAGCCCUGGCUGCAUCGGGGCUGGUAAGUGGCGGUUACCACGAGAAGAAGCUGCUGAACGACCUGCUGGACUCGUACAACGUCCUGGAGCGGCCGGUGGGCAACGAGUCCGAUCCCCUCGUGCUGAGCUUCGGCCUCACGCUCAUGCAAAUAAUCGACGUCGACGAGAAGAACCAGUUGCUCAUCACGAACCUUUGGUUGAAACUGGAAUGGAACGACGUGAACAUGAGAUGGAACGUCUCGGACUACGGAGGCGUGCGAGAUCUCAGAAUACCGCCGCAUCGGCUAUGGAAACCCGACGUUCUUAUGUACAACAGCGCCGACGAGGGCUUCGACGGCACUUACCCGACGAACGUCGUCGUAAAGAACAAUGGGACCUGCUUGUACGUGCCGCCCGGUAUAUUCAAGAGCACUUGCAAGAUAGACAUUACUUGGUUUCCCUUUGACGAUCAGCGCUGCGAGAUGAAAUUCGGCUCCUGGACGUACGACGGCUUUCAGUUGGAUCUACAGCUGCAGGACGAGACCGGGGGUGACAUCAGCAGUUUCAUCACUAACGGCGAGUGGGAUCUGUUGGGGGUGCCCGGCAAGAGAAACGAAAUCUACUACAAUUGCUGCCCAGAACCGUACAUAGACAUCACUUUCGUCGUCAUCAUCAGAAGACGCACACUCUACUACUUCUUCAACCUGAUCGUGCCGUGCGUCCUGAUUGCCAGCAUGGCCGUCCUCGGGUUCACCCUGCCGCCGGAUUCCGGCGAGAAACUCUCCCUCGGGGUAACCAUCCUUCUAUCCCUCACUGUGUUCCUGAAUAUGGUUGCCGAGACAAUGCCAGCGACGUCCGACGCCGUGCCGCUUUUAGGGACGUACUUCAAUUGCAUCAUGUUUAUGGUGGCCAGCAGCGUGGUCAGCACAAUUCUCAUCUUGAACUAUCAUCAUCGGAAUGCUGACACCCAUGAAAUGUCCGAAUGGAUUAAAGUCGUUUUUCUGUACUGGCUGCCCUGCAUACUACGUAUGUCAAGGCCCGUCGAGAAAGAGGAGAAGGAAGUGCAAAAGUCGCAGAAGCCGUCUCCGGUCACGGGCGCAAGCAAGUCGUACGGCGACUUGGAGCUCCAUCAAAGAAGCAGCAAGUCCCUUCUGGCGAACGUGCUGGACUUGGAGGACAACGCGCUGGCGUCACACAACAACUUGCUGAACAAUGUAUACAGCACACCCGGGCCGCACCACCCGCACACGAUGGGCCACGGCCACAGUCACAUACACACGACGCCCCAUCAUCAUCACAGCCACGCGGCUACGACACCGCACCAUCAGCACGCGACGCCGUUGCCGCACUCGUCGUACCCCGGCCACCAGAUCAGUCACACGCCGCAUCAUCACCCGCAUCCGCAGGAAGCGUCGACGCCGCAGGUCGAGACGAUACUCCAGAACGCGUGCUUCUGCGCUCGCUACGAGCUCGUGCUAAUAUUGAAGGAAAUCAAGAUAAUAACGAAUCAGCUGAAGAGCGAUGAUGAGAACACGAAGGUGACGAACGACUGGAAGUUCGCGGCGAUGGUGAUCGACAGGAUGUGCCUAAUCAUUUUUACUCUGUUCACCAUCAUCGCUACCAUCACCGUCCUGCUGUCGGCGCCGCACAUUAUCGUCACGUGAUUCAGAAAAGCCAGGCUGUUGCCGGUGGUUCCGGGGCCGGCGAGGAACGCGCGCCGUACGCCGUUACCGGCGUCGACGAGGGUCGACACCACUCCGGUGAUGCGUCCGCCCUUCCCGUCGAUCGGCUCCCGCCGGACCGGGCUCGAGGGUGCUCGUCUUCGAGUUCGUACGCCGCUUCGUUUCGGAGAUUUGCACGUUAGGAAGAAAGCAAUACGGGGAGUAACUUCGUUUCUUUACGAUAUACAUAAUACCGGUGAAAAUGAAAAUAAUAACGCUAUCGAUAAUGAGGAUAACGAUAAUAGUAUUAAUAAUAAUUACGUAAUAGUAACGGUAAACUUCAUCGUAUUAUUAUCCCACGAGGACGCCUUAGCGAAACACGUAAACACACACGUCUAGACGGCGCGUAACAAAAAGAGACAGAGGCAGUAAAACAGAGAGAAAGAGAGAGAGAGAGAGAACAAGGGAACACAUGCAAAACAUGGAUACACGCGGGAGCGGAGCACACGCGUGACACCCACACCGGUUUGCAUCCCUGAGAGCAGUCGACGUGGCCGCAACAACAGCUUACGUAGCCGAAACGGUACAUUUCCUCGGCCGAGUUAAACGAUUAAGUUCUAUGCGAGGUACGAUUAUGAGUUCUCACUGAGGUAGAACGUGAGCCGGUCGAAUCGAGACACGUAUUCGAUUCUGUCCUCCGCGACUACACUUGGGGAUGUAUCACACACAACACACACACAUACGUACACGCAUGCACGCAACGUUACGCGAGCGACGAUGCGCGUGGAAGUACGACUAGCCGAUGAAUUAAAGAUACGCGCUGCGGUCGAGGGCUAAUGUUGAUGCAGGGAUCCCCGAAUACACACGCGAGGAGCGAUCGUAUCAAAAAUUAAAGGUCUCUUGCGCGCGGCUCGCGUCAAUGUUUCGUAAUGCUUCCGCGAGUGCGCGUAAAGACUCGCGCAUAUCCAAUCACCCCGCAAAACUCGGAGAAUACGGAGUCUCAGAAAAAUAUGAAACGUCGAACGUGCAAACGGUAGCGCUCAAAGAUGGACGUACAAUCAAAGUUUUUAAUCGUUCGAUCGAAAUCGUUCGAAGAGAUACAGAAUCAGCGGUGUCUUGAUCAAAUAUUCGGGGAUUGCUGCACGCGGACUUAACGUUGGUCCUCGUCUACGACGAGACGUGGAAGAAGGCGCUCGAGAGUGUCGAUCACGGGCACCGACCCGAGUCGAAAUGCUGCUUCUACAAAUGCAAAUUUCGAACUUGAAAGACUACGAGAGAAUCUGGAGGUGUAACACCAUACGAAGCUGUUAUCUUCCGAUGUUGCAAACGGUUACUUACCGCCGUUUUGUGUUGAGGCUUAAAAAUAUACUUAUUUAAUAUUCAAAUUAUUUAAUAUUCGAUUAUCUUGAUAGUCUACCUGCAUUUAUUCAUUCUUAAUUCUUAAUUUUAGCGAGCAGCGUAUUAAUUAUGUAACUUACUUAAGUGCAGAUAGAGUAUUACGAUAAGCUAAUACUAAAUAAUUGAUAAAGAUUGAUAAGCAAAUGGGUAAAUAAAAGAACAAACUUUCUUCUUUCGUAAUCUCGUUAUUGUUAUUUUCUAUUGGCGUCGGAAAUUACGAUAGGAUUGAGGGAUUCGAAAGAGGUGAGAAGGAAGGAGUUGUAAGCACCGUCGUCGACCAUGCCGCUACAUCCUGCGUCCUGCAAUCCAUCCUGCAGUCAGCUCCUAGACGUCAUCGUGGUCUGGUGCUCAAUGGUGCUAAAAGAAAAUACGAGUCGAUCGGAAACACGACAUUUUCAUUAAUAGGUCUGUUUCUUUUCGCUAAACUAUAUUAGCUGUAUUAAUUGUAUGGGCUGUAUUAGCUUGUACUAGUUCUCUUCUCCUCUUUCUUCCACCAAGAGUCCGAAUUGUAUUUCUGUCUUUUUUUCAAUUCUAUAUUAGUUCAGCGAAAAGAACAGAUCUAUUAUUAUUAUUCAAUCGCCCAUUAACCGAUGGGGAUCGUCGAAUAUUACAGGCGGAACUCUAUAUCGAUACUUACCACGCGUGCAAACGUUUUAAUAUUUCGGGAAUUUAAUAAAUUUUCGACUUCGAAGGGAUCUGAAAUAUUUUGAGGGAGUUAAUUGUUGCGCGACCGCUCAGUCGCUCAGCGAUCGAUGACUGUGUCAUUUUCUCCCAUUGUUUUGAUACUCGCACACACUCGCGUACACUCUCCGUGAUCGAGUCAUUAAGUCUCAAACCGAUGAGUACACAUUACGACAAGGAUUACGUGUGUGAUCAGUGCGAUAUUUUCAAUUCAUGCUGUCGCAUGAUAGAAGUAUUUCGACGGCUUUUGAGACAUUUAAUCCUUGUCGAGUGCUCGUCGGAUUUUGGUCGGUAUCGCGUAGUUUAGUACACGUUUUUCCGGUCGAAUUUCGUAUCUAUGCAAGUGUCAGUGAGUGUCCGGAACCACGGGACAACCAGGAGCAGGGUGCUGGAUCGGACAGCUGGGACUGAGGACGCAGAAUGUCGGAACGCGGCCAGCGAUACGUCGUAUAUUUCCAGGUGUGUUAAAUCAUUUAUUAUGUAGGACGUUUGACGAUCUUGGCGAGAAUAAGGAGAUACCCGAGUCGAAAUUUAGAAUCUACUCUAAGGCCGGCAUUCAUAAUUCGUCGUCAUUUGACCAACAAUCAUAAUUUUAUGAUUUUAUGAAACUUUGAUUAAUUGUCAGUUUGUAUUUAUUUUACACGAGAGAUAUGUAUGCAAACAGCCGAAUAAUGGCUCUUAGAAAUACAAAUCCAUUAAUUAUUCUUUCAAUCGUGAAUUAUUUACAAAUACCGGCCUAAGUCUCGCAAGCGCUGAAAAAUUUGUUUCUCUAAUAAUAUUCCGUCGGACGCAAGUUUUAGCUUGAGCAGAUCAACAUCUUUUUUCACUUUUAUUUUGCUUUGUUUUUCUACCGAAUCCACGUUUAAAUCCCUGUUGAUAUUUACAUGACUGCUGCCUCUGCAUUUACAGCUCUUUCCUUUUCAGCUCUUUUAAGAGCUUCAAAUCUAUAACGCUAAUAAAAAAAUAAUACGGAAAGGAUUAUGAAUAAAAAAGUGUAUUGUUUAUUCUUAUUGUUUGCUUUUAUUUAAUUAUUUAAUAUUUUUUUAUCGAAUAUAUUCUAUCUACAGUUGAGUAAGUUGCAUAAUUGAUACAAUAUACUUAUUGAAAUUAAGAAUAAGUAUUAAGUGCAGGCAGAAUAUUGAGAAUAAUCAAAUAUUAAAUAAUUAUCGACUAAGUUUUUUUCUAAGAGCUUCAAUAUGGAAAAAGCGACAGUGAGUAACCAUUUGCAGCAUCAAGGUAGGAUAAUGACCUGUAUAGUAUUGUAUCCCGAGAUUCUCCAUUGAUCCUUCAAUUUCGACGGUAUUUGCAGGAUUAAUGUAGAACCAAAAUUUCGACUCGGGUGGCUUCCUUUCGGCGCGUGCGAAACAAUAUAACGAUCGGAAAGGGGCGAAAGAGAAACGAUGACAGCGAAGAGGCUUAGGAGAAAAAGAGACGAAUGGGGAGAAAAGAGAGUCGGGCUUUAAGGGUAAUACGCACACGUUACACUCUCAGAAUACACACGACGAACUGCCAAGGUGAUUUAAAUAAUGCCAAUGGAUUUUCUUAUCAUUAUCACUAGUAUGUAAAAAUCGACGACGACUUAAUAAAACGGGGGAUUUGUACUACGAUUUAAGUGACGGUGGCGCAACAUAAAUACUCUCUCGGAUAGGUUGUGCGAUGUAGCCUCGAAGGAUCUCGAGGGACAUGCCGUGCGAAAGAACACGGGAAGACGGAGGAGACGCGGGAGAAAAUUGCGAAGGACGGUUACGGUUGUUCGAUAACUACUUUCGCUUGUGACAACGCGAACAGACUAUUCAGUUUCGAGCGACGCACCUUCUUUCCCUGGUGUUCGCGGAACGCGAGCGAAUCCUUUCAUCAUCGAUCCGCAUUCUCGUGUCGCGUUCAGCGCUAUAAAUGCGAUAGCCCGAUUAUUCAUUUAUUUAUUAGCGAGAAAUAUUCUUCUAAUUACACUCGUCUCGCAACUUGAUAUUUCACAUCAGCUUUGUUAAACAUAUAUAUUGAAGAACCACAUUAAUUUCAUAUAUUGCGGUAAUAAUACGGUUCUAUAUAUCAAGAGCCAGGCCAAUUUUUAUCGUUAAAUAAUUGUUAUUAUUAAUUUUAAUUUUCAUCAUUAAAAACGGUCAAUUCGAGGGCCGAAUAUCCUAAAAUUCUUGCGGAAAAAGGCGAUCGUCAAGUUCUACGAAUGUUUGAAGAACGAGACGAACGCAUUUAUCGCUGAUUGCUAGCGGAGAAAAUGGAUCGUUAUCACUUACAUCGCGCGUGUAUUAAACGUGGACUUACACACACACACACACACACACACACACACACACAGACACACACCUACCUUCUCUACACGGGACACUCGCGUGUCUUUCCGUGUCUGACAGUUCAAUCUUUUUCCUCUCUGUAAUGUUUCCAUCACAGAAACCGUCACUGCGAGACGACAUCGCGUUUUCUUUCGGACGUUGAAAAAUCAUUUCGCGGCGGGAAUAUUAAGCGCGGACUUUUAUUUCCACCCUAUUAGAAAAAAAAAAUGUGACUUUGACGUUUCACGUUCCGCUGUUGUCUCUCCGGAAACGCGUGAAAGCGUUUCCGCCGACGGUCACACCGAACAACCGAUAGCAACAUCCAAAUUGAAGAAAACCAAUCUGUUUUUCGUCAUCUCACACGACAGUCUCCUACUCGUCUCUUGUGGAGAGAAUCAACGCUGCGAUGUCAAAUAUCGCGAUCGACGAGAGCCGGUUUAUUACGGCGCGUACAUUUGUUUUCACCCGCGAAAGAAACGAGAGGGAGAGAAACGUGACUCUCCUUCCAAAUGUAUUCCGAAAACGUUAACGCACGCCACGUCCUCUGCAUAUUCACGAGCUGAUCGUGGGUCACGGUAGAAAAUCGCGAAAGCGACGGAAUCGAAACUAGCGAAGAGAUGCGACACGUGGAACGGCUAACAGGCGACCGAAUAAGAGGAAGGAAGUUGCUCUUGCUCACAGGCUGACUCGUAGACGGACGGCUGAGCCGUCGACGUAAUGUCAGCGAGACGUACUCGAUGUAGUAUUGUACAUUUUUUCGGCCAUCGGCACUGGAUAAUCGCGACAACCAAUCACGUUAUCUUUUAAUAAUUAUUAAAGGUUAUUAAAGUAAUGAACCGUGUGUAUUGUUGACGAUUUUGCGAAGGAUGGGAGAGGAGGAUUAGAAGUACGGUAAGACCUUAAGACGGUGUUUUGAUCUCUAUAGUGCGCGAGAAAAACGUUUAAAAAGAAUUAAAAAAAAUGUGGGAGAAGAUUAAGCAGAAUAACAAUGUCGAAUUGCAUUAAAGUCGUAAGGCAGGUAGAGUACGUUACGUAGGGGCGAGAAAAAAACGCAGUUAAUCACUGUAAGUGUCGCAGAGUAGCUGACUGAGAGUCGAGGAAAUAACGCGCGUUAAAAGAAGAAAAAAAAAUAAAUAAAACGCGUAGUUCGAAACAUCGACGCUUUAAUGCCGGCGCACACUCGUCGUUCGUUGCGAUAAAAAUUAGCAACCAGCUCGUUCAACCGGCUCGGCAAGCGUGAAACGUCGUCUGGUCUCGCAAACCAGACAGACGCACGCGAACUCUCCGGUUAUCUUGAAACUGGAGCAACCGAUGCCACGCCGUGCCUCUGGAAGCGGAAAGAUGGAAAAACGAGGAUUCGAAACCUUUUUACUUUCCACCCUUCGAUUUCGUUGCCAUGCCCCGAGUCAUUCUGAUUAUAUUUUUACACACGUUCCCUUCAACACCUCUGAGAAAAAGCCACGAACUUCCGAGCGUCUGCUGAGUUCACACUUCUCGCACGUCACGCAAAAAUCGGAGCGAACUCCUCGAACGUUUUAGCUCAAAUAAAAACCUAUGUAUACACGUAAUUAUCUUUCCACCUCCAGAGAGAAAGAGAGAGAGAUCGUGCCGUCGGUUGUGCCAUUUCCGAGGCAGUUAAGCGCGCAAAGCGGAAGAUUCUCGACGCCCUGAUAAUUUUUGUCGCUAUAUGAGGACGUCCGGCCUCCCCAUCGUUCCUUUUCACGUGCGUUUGCUGUAGUUCAAGUUGGUGGAAAGGCGAUUAGCCACGCCGAUUCAUCGCGAUUAAUCCAGGCACGUAGGAGAGAAUACGUUUUUCGCAUACAACACAGGUCAACGGAAGUAGAAGAGUGUGAACAACUCUGUGUCCCAAGACCCUUUCCUUCGGUAUCACAUUGCAACGAGGCGAAUACAUCGGAACGACCGGUCCGAAAAUCGUAGACGAAGAGUCACGGUACAGUCCAGCUGUAGCCAAACGAGCUGCACACGCGUACUUUUUCUUUUCGUAUUCACUGUUGUCAGUAAUCUACGUUCCCCCGAGGCGCGUUACUUCGAGUCACUCGGUGCGCGUCGGAGGAGAGUGAUUUCACAUCGCGUAUCGCUACCCGAAAAGUAGCGGCACUUCCUUUGAUACGAAGCCUUCGCUUGUUCGCUCGAAUCCGCAUUCAUUGUAGAAAAAGAAAAGAGAUAAACGCGCGCGCGUAUCGAAGCGUAUAUAUCGCGACUAAUUAAUGAACUAUACCACAGGUGUAAAACUAUUCUAGAAGCAGCGACGUAAAUGGAUUACGAGUCCUAGAACAUUACGGGUAUCAAAAAAAAGUCGUGUUAGCGAAAAAACGAACGCGUGAUCUUAAUAAUGUAAUCGAGGUUUAACGAUUAGAUAGUAAAGAAAGAUUAUAAAAAAAAAAAGAAGGAGAAGAAGAGGAGGAAGAGAAAUACACGUACCGCCGCGGUAUACGCGUGUACUCUGUACGACUAUACUUGUUCUACUAACUAUAUACUUGUAAAUGUGUAUUAUCACAUAUCGUAAUGAAAUUCCAUGUCGAAGACAGACAAGAAAAGAAAUUGCUCACUGUAAUUCGUCGCUAACGACUGCUGGUUUAUUUUCCUAAAUAAAUUAACAAGCGCACGACGCGAGCGACGGCGAAGACGACUGUUCUCCGCGCUUACGCGCGCGGAAGUAGCUAGAAUAUAUCGAUGAGAUUUAAUAAAAGAGCUCGCGAAACGACGGCGAUUGCGCGCUCGGCGGCGAAACAUUUCGCGGCCGGUGUGUGAGGAAAAGUCGUGAUAAAUAUCGAUGAUGAACAACAGAAAUGUGCUAAAGUUUGCGAACUUCGGAAGCGAAAUCUUCCGGUUGCCGUGACGCGUACUCGCUUCCUUUCGCGUCUUGGGAGCCGUGCGGCGCGCGAACCUUAUUAUAGAGUUUGAUAGGCUUCUUUCCGCGGUUUCCCGCGGUAACGAGGAAACGAAAGGGGAAAAUAUUGCCAUCGGGAACACUCGGCGGAGAUCGCACGAGGAUCACUUUUCAUUCGCGCUCGAGGAUCGGCCUGCAGAAAUUCACUCCUCGAACGUUCGAAUUUGCAUAAAGGAAAAAGCGGAUUUUAAAUUCAGGCGGAACGUGACAUACCUCGCGCGAGAUAUUUCCACCUCCUUGAACUCGACACGGACAGUUCUCUACGAAGAUAUAACGCAGCAAACGUACCUCUCGGGCAUGAUGUAAUCCGCCGCUUUCGUACUCAAGGAUAAUGAAUAGCAGUAAGUUUGAGGAAGCGUGAUGUAUUGAGUUAAAAGAGCAUUAGCCGUUCGGUCUGGUGAGGAAUGCAAAUUCUCGGUUAACAGCGAGAGAGAAUAUUCUUUCACCCAAGUUGUGUGUGCGCCCAUCGUUCUCGGUAUUUUCACUGUCGUCUGCACGAUUAUUUUAACAAUCGCAUGAUUUAAUCACAACAUAUUGUUAUUUCACCUCUAAUGCUCUUUUAAUUGCAUACGUUGCACCCCUCGACUUUCUCUUUGGUCCUUCGUAAAUUUACUCGAGAGAGUAGCCAGGAAGAUACUUUCGUUCCCAUUUUAUCUCGUCUUUUGUUUAGAAAGAAAAAACAAUUUUCCGGAUGUUUUUCGUAAAGUUGAAAUUUGCGUCACGCACGAUCGAUUGCGAAAGAACUAACGAGUUCUUCCUCGCUCGCGAUUGUUUCCGGCGCAUUACUUUCCCGGCCGAUAUGGCGUAUUCGCGAAACUUUGACGAGAGCGGCGGUGAACAAUGAAAUUUCCGCACAAACUGAACAUUUUAGAACGAACGAUCGGGAUGAGGAAAAAGGAAGGGCGAGAGGAAGAGAGGAAAUAAGAUAAGCGCCAUUAACGUGACUUGCGCCUUUAAAAUCAACAACUCAGCUUAAUACGCGCGGGGCUGUUAUAUAUAUAAAAUGUAAUCUUGUAAUAAAGGAAAAACAAAAUAAUAAUAAUAAUAAAAACGAUAACGUUAGCCAUAACGAUUAACGGAUAACGAUAAAUAACAUAAUAUUACUACUCUAUUAACGAUAACAAUAAUAAUAUUAAAACAUAUAUUAGCUGUGAGAUUUUUUGCCUGUACGAAAAUGUUGAAAUCUCCUUUCUACAACGUUAAUGUACGAUUAAGCCGACUUCCGCGAGUCGAAUCGUUCCCAAUUAACGAGUAGCUGCGGCGAACAGAAAAAGAGAGAGAGUGAGAGAAUGUGAGAGAAUGAGAGUGAGAGAGAGAGGGUAAGGGGGAAGAGAUAAAGAGUGAAAAAGAAAGAGAAAGAUUAAAUAAAUAUACGAGUUAGCUAAAAACGAAGAUUGAUAGACUCAUAGAAUAUCGUAGUAACACAGAUGUACAGGGUGACGCGACGAAAGGGAAUUUCGGCAAUACGACGAGCGAUUUUUCGAACGUCUCGCUUAUCGAUCCACGUGUAGGGAUAGAGAUGGAUGGAGAUGAGAUUGACGACAGAGCAGAUCGGACAAAAUCGAUCGCGAGGACACUGCUCGGGAAGUUAGAAUCAGUCCGUUGAUUAAAACCGUUGAUUAAAAUCGUAAAAAUGAGCCAAAUACGCACCUGAAAUUUCCACACAAUGAAUUUCGUUCCUCGGUCGAGCCGACGCUGCGCUUUCGUCGUGACGUUAAAAUUAACCCGUUAUAUACCCAAAAAGAGAAAAAGAGAAAGUAAAAAAGAACAACGGAAGCGCGAUUAUCUCCGUUGAGUAUAGAUUCGGAAAAACUCAAGUUGUCCGUAAUUUCCCGGAUACAGGCGAGCUAUGAGUUAAGUCGAAUGCGAGUUUCGUAGCACUUCUAGCCUUUCACUCGACUCUUAAUUGAUUACCCGAGCGUUUUAAGGACUUUACCUAAGGUUAUAUACCGAUAGAGAUAAUUAAGAUUGCUCAUCGAUUAUGCCUGUCGUUUAAGUGUCAAGACAAUCCCCCGAUGACUCCAAGCGGCUCUGACGACGAAACUAUUUCUCGAUAUAUAUAUAUAUAUAUAUAUAUAUAUAUAUAUAUAUAUACAUAUAUACAUAUAUACAUAUAAUACUACCUCUAACUAAAGCGAGAGAGAGGGAGAGAAUAUAUCGACAGCGACGGUGCGUCCGUCAGUUGUAAUUUAUCGUAAGGUCUACUGUAUUAUACUAUAGCAUGCCGAAGUCUUCCGCUAUUAGUCGCCUAGCGCGGCCGACGAGUUUUCCCGGUUGUGGAGCUUUCGUGAGAUCGCCGUAAAUCGCGCGCGCGCGAAGUUCCGUCUCGCUGAUAUCGCCGGAGGAAAUGCAAUUAAGCGCGACGGUCCGAAAUGGCGAAAGGCGAACACACACACUCGCGAAAGUCGUUUCAACUGCUCGCGGCUGUUCAGCGUUAGUAGCUCGCUGUGAUGUAAGUAGUCGAAGCUCUAGCGAAAAAAUUCUACGCUCGUAGAUCUAGCACUGAAACCGCACGACGGACAGCGACGGGAGAUGAAGAACUGAGACGAAACUAUUGUGAUUUGCUGCUCCUAAAAAGACAUUUCCCCCUUUUCGAUCGUGCAAUAACCACAGACAUCACAUUUGUAGUCCUUCAUAAAAAGUAAAAGAAACGGACCAUCACACGCAGACACGCCGAAAUCGCGAUUGCGUAAUUCCCGGUGAUUCGAUCAAUUGAAAUUAAAAAGGAGAAAUGGAUGAAAUCGACGAGAAGUUCGAACGAGAAGACUCAAUUGACAAUUUCACAGGGUUGACCUUUCUAAUCAUGCGCUCCGACGUAAUUUGCACGAUGCACACCAGGGUGUCGAUCGGAUUGAUAAUCGCUGCGCGUUUCCGGACCGCGCUAGCUGGCUUCGAUCUGCGCUAACAUUGAAGACGAGAUCAGUGUGAAUUUUUCAUAAUAAAUUAUUCACACGCGCUCUUUGUUCGAAUAGAGGAGCGACUUGGAAGCGUCACGUUGAACGGAUGUCACAGGUUAUAUUUACUCGUUGUAGUUGUAGAAUACAGUUGUAAAAUAGAGAUCGACAGUGUCCAAGAAAUGUUCGGGAAAACAGGAAUGAUUACGCUUCUUCAACUUUUUAAAUAGUAUAUACUUGAUCUCUCGAGGAGGGCGCUCGAGAUCGAUGAAGACGUUCGGAAAAUCGCAACGAUCUAUUGCCUGUUCUUACUAGACCGCUCUUUAUAUACCAUACACACAUAUGUAUUAUACAUAUAUAUAUAUAUAUAUAUAUAUAAUAUAUAAGUAUAAAUAUAUACGCGAU